AUGACAGAUAAACAAAAGGCUGCUACGAGAAGGUUUAAGGCUGGAAACUCUGCUGAGAAGAUCUAUCUCAGACAAUUUAAGAAAGAGGGCAUGUCUGAUAGUGAAUCAAAUACUGAGGUUAAGGAUGGCAAACCAGAACAGGUGUUACAUGUAGCUUGCUCUACUUGGAGAAGUGACGAGUUCAACAGAUUGUUGGCAAUUGUUGAUGACAUUGCAGCAGACUGUGACUUGCAAAAUGCAGAUAAUCCGAUGUACAGGCAAAAUGCUUUGGAAAUCUGCCUUGUAGAGUUCAUCUCGCAACAACUCGACUCCUUCCAAUUCUCUUGUUUUAUCAGAGGUGGUUUUAAACUAUUUGUCAAAUGCAAAUACAUGCUGACUACUUUGGGGAUUUCUGCAUGUCUGACCAAAAAAAUUAAUGAACUUCACCAUUUUGAUCCAGUCAUUGACGAAAGGGACUUUGUUUGCAAAGGCAAGGCAGAUGGUGGCAGGGGCUCAUUUCUACAAAUUGAGACUGACAAGUUACGAGAAGCUUCCAGACAUUCAGAAAUUAAGAAAGAGUGA